GCAUCAAGUCGUAGCUUUAUUUCAGUCUUUCAACAACACUUGUCGUAGCAACACCUUUUCGAAGACGACGACGACGACGAACAGCAGCAACAGGCCCCAACCGUGUGUGUAUGUGUGUGCGUGCGCGUGUGUGCAAACUCUAGCUCUAGGCACCGAGACCUUUACCGCCUCCGCCUUCACCCCGUUUCGACAGUGUCUGCAAUUUUUAUAUUUUAAAUCAUCUUUCGGUGUUUAACGGAUUGUAUGUGUGCACGUGGGAGCCAGUGAGUGCGCUCGAGAAACCAGAGCAGAAAAAGAAACCGAAACCACCACCCUCUUUCGCUGCAACCAAGCGAGAUAGUCCAAUCCGAGGUGCGGUGCAUCUUGCGAGGAGAAGGUGUUCAAUUCGGGCGAACCUGCGUGUGGUGUGCGCGAGAGCGUUUGUCGUUGUUGCGUAUUCAGUGCAGCCUGCAGUGCGCGUUGAAAGUUGAUCCGCGCGGUGUGCAUGUCAGCAUUAGCAGAAGCAGUCCAAAUUGAUGGAGCAGCGAAUCGGUGGCAUUCAGUGGAGUUUGUGUGCGAUAGCGACAGCAGCUGAGGCGACCGAGCGUUCCGUCACGAGUGUCACGCGGUGUUGCACGGAGUUUGUGUAGUGCGCUGGCUUGCAAACCGCCAUCUCCUGCCUCCCCAUUCUUCCGAGGAACGGACUAACGAAACGACUAACCAACAACAAGACCAAAGGGUGUGUGUGUGUGUGUGUGUGUGUGCGCGAUCAGGUGUUGAUUGUGUUGAAGCAGUGUGUUGCCUCGAUCAGCACGACAUUCAGUAGGGCGCAGACGGGGCGCACGGUACGGAGAAAGCUAGGUCCUUCAGGUUGCGGCAAGUACUGAAGGUGGCAGUAGCUGACGAUCCAGAUUUUCGGUAGCAUCUUUUUUUCGAGUGAUCGUUUCGGAACUGAAAUUGGACUUGACUCGUGAGAAGAAAUUGAACAGAAAAGAAAAAAAAAAUAAUAAAAAUCCACGCACGUUUCAUGCAGUUGCAUGUGCUGAAAGUCUUCGACCCAUUACGGACACGAUAGUUCUCCCCUUUGCACGGACAAGUUGCUCGCGUGAAGCGUGAAGAAAAGUUCACUUCAACAGUUUCUCGGCAGGCCUCCAUCUCCAUUCUGCUGUGCCAGUUGCGAAACAUUACGUUAAUCGCCCUUGCCCUUGCCGUCGUCCCCAGCAGCAGUAGCAGUAGCAACGACUCCAACAGUCUGGAUACCUCGUACCAAUAGAGACAGGCAUUGCUAGAGACUGUUAGUGAGCGUGCGGGUGUGCGUGUGUGUGUGGUACGGCAAUUGUGAAAGUACUUGAAUUCCGGUGUGGAAACAUUCGCAGCGGAGAAAGAGUGCCCGCAGCAAAGUCUAACGCGCGUCGACCGAAACCCCAACUCACUGGCGAUCAGAGUCGUCGAGCCUCCGCAAACACGAAGCUUUGGUGUAGCGCGUCACACUGCCAAGUGAAAGGGAACAACCGCGGCAGACAGUGCGGAGGUACGUGGUAGUAGUACCAGCCAACUGCGAAAAGAGAAAACCACGCUACAAAGCACUGCGAGUGUGUGUGUUUUAGUGAGCAACAGCGAGCUUCGGUGUGCAAAUUCGUCCACCUCUAGGACUUUAUGUGUAUGCAAAUGUGCGUGAAGCAGUGGAGUUAGAUAAAUUAUUGUGUUCUCAGCAAGGCUCGAUCGAUCCUUGUCGUUCGGGGCUCCCCACAAAAUAAAAUAAACCACAUUCGGAACUAUACUCCCAAAACAGAAGAAUCUGCUGGAUUCGGAAUUCUUGUGUUGUCGGGACCAGAAAAUCCGGACAGACUGAGAGUGAUAAUAAAAGCUGUAAAGCAGGCUGUGUAACCAAACAAUUGUACAAUCAGUUUUUUGUCGUUGUAAAUUUACUGUAAAUAACGAGUGAGUCGCCGUCGAACGGAAUCAGCUCCCCUCGAAAAGACUGGAUUAGUUGCAGCGAAGCAGCGAACCGGUGAACGCACCAAGUGUGUGCACCAGAUCGAUCGAUAUCGUCAAACGCCAACUCUCUAGAGCUCUAGAGCGAAACAAAGCAGGGGAAAAGAACAAGCAACAAUAUAGUGCCUUCAUCCGAAUCUGUUGGAUAACAAAAACAAAAAAAACCUUACGAAAGCAACUUACGGUGACAAAACUCACCCUCUCCUACAUACCGUACAAGAGGAAGCCAUAUUAGCCAUAUUAGUGGAGAAGAAAGCAAUCGCACCAGUCACCGAAACUAACCAGUAUGGCCGAUACAAAGACGACGACGACGACGACGACGUCCAGUGAGGCAACGGAUCUAGUGACGCCUGUACCAGCGACGGAAACGGCAGCGCAAACUGUCACCAGCGGCAGCAGCAGCAGCGACAGUGUACAGGCCAAGACGGAGACCACACUGCCAGCGAGAACGAUGAUCGAAACGGCUACGAUGACUGACGCCACCGAGCAGAAGGAAAGUGAAAGUGCCGCACCAAUCGAACCGAUCGUCGAGUCCAAGAUUUUGCCAGAAGCAGCCACUUCCCAGGAGCAGGCAGACGUCAGCCCGGCCAGCCCGGCCGAAGAAGCGAAGGAGAUCGAGCUGGUCGAGGACGAAGGUGGCGCCGCGAAGGAAGCGGUCGAGGCGGAAGAGGAACCGGACACACUGUCCCCGCUGAUGACGGACAAUCAUACGUUCCUGCAGCAUCAGGAGGUGAUGCGGGAGGAACCGCUCCCGGUGGACGAGCGGUUGCAGUCGGACGAGCCGGGAAGUAGUAGCCCGCAGCAGCACUUCCACCGCCAUCACCAUCAUCACGGGGCGGUGGAAGAGGUGCACGAUUAUGGCAUCUACGACGAUGACGAUCAGGAUGAGGAUGAGGACGAUGAUGAUGAGGAUAUUGACGAUGAGGAUGAGAUGUUUAUGCGCGACCAGGACGAUCAAGAACGGAACAUGAAGCACUCGGACACGAAAGAAUCGAUCAGCUCGAUCGACAGUGACGUAUCGCUGUCCUACGAUCGGCGCAGCUCGAGCGAGUUGCCACAGCAGCAUCAUCAGCACCAGCAGCAUCAGCAGCUCCGUCAGCAUUCGGAAGAUGCCGGUGCUGGUUCGUCGGACGAUGCGGCCAAGGAUUCGGGUUGUGAGAUUGCGAAAAAGUCUGCCGGAGAAGAUGGCAAUGAGCCGGGCACGCAGGAAGAUGCCGAAGAUGGUGGUGCGUUCGAGACGCCGGACGAUGAGAUGUGCGAGCGGAUUGUGGAGCAGGUGGAGUUUUACUUCUCCAACGAUAACAUCCUGAAGGAUGCGUUCCUGCUAAAGCACGUGCGCCGCAACAAGGAGGGUUUCGUGAGCCUGAAGCUGGUGUCGAGCUUCAAGCGCGUCCGGCAGCUGACGAAGGAUUGGCGCGUGGUGGGAGACGCGAUCAAGCGGAAGAGCGUGAAGAUCGAGGUGAACGACCUGGGUACGAAGAUCCGCCGGUUGGAUGCGCUGCCUGAGCACGAUGAAACGACGCCGUCGCGCACGGUUGUUGCUACUGGGCUGCCGUACGACAAGUACACCGUGGAGAAGGUGUCGGAGCUGUUCUCGAAGUGUGGCGAAAUUUCGCUCAUCCGCGUGCUGCGUCCGGGCGGUCCCAUUCCGGCGGAUGUGCGUCAGUUCAUCAACAAGCAUCCGGAGCUACAGCAGAACGAGUGUGCGCUGGUGGAGUUCACCGAGUCGGCGUCGGCCCGCCGGGCCCAGGCGAUGACGGAGUUUGUGGUGCUGGAGCUGGUCGCACCGAAGAAGAAGACCGGCAAGAAGGCGACCAACGUGACGAAGUUCGUUGAGAGCUACAAGGUUGCGGCCGGGCAUGAGAUCGAGCGUAGCCGUGGUGGGGAAGGGUUCGAUCGGUUCCGAAUGCGCCGUGGAUCUGGCUUCUACCCCAAGGCGGACAUGAUGGUCGGUACGAUCUAUCAGCAGCAGCCCCAUCAUCAUCACCAUCAUCAUCACCAGAUGCUGCCGAUGAUGUCGCAGCCGAUGCAGGCGCCACUGCAGCAGGAUCCGCACCAGCACCAACACCAGCAGCAGUCGCCUCCGAUGCCGUACAUGGUACCGCAUUCGCCUCAACAGCGCAAGUACUCGUUCGGCAACGAGGCCUACGAAUGCUACCAGACGCAGGUCCCAGGCCAACAGCAGCAACAGCGCCGCUCCAGUGCGUACUCGCUCGGUUCGGACGCUUCGCGCAAGUUCUCCAACUGCUCCGAGGGCUACUCGAGCUGCGGCGAGAUGUCACGCCGUACGUCGGCCUGCUCGUCCGUCCCGGCCGAGGGUAUGUCCCGGCGGACAUCUGCCUGCUCGGAAGUGCCAUCAUCCAGACGGUCGUCCAACUGUUCCGACUUUUGCUCGUGCAAUGUGCGCCGCAUCUCGCAGUGCUCUACCGAUCUAAUGUACCGCCGGAUGUCCCAGUGCUCGUCGGAGCAUGGCACGCCGGUCCAUUCGGCACCGCGCAAGUACUCGGUCGGCUCCAACUACGACCGCAAGUACGCCAACUCGCCUGAACUGAUGCAGCAGCAGCAGCCCCAUCUACUUCAACGCCGCAUCUCCAUGGACUCGACGGGUGCGUACGAUCGCAAGUUCUCGUCCGGUUCGAUUACGGGCUACCACACGGACGGCAGCCCCAACAUUUCACCGCGUAAGUACUCGACCGGCGGGUUCGACCCGCUCCGCAAGCUGUCCAGCGGCUCCGACCAGUACUACAACGGGCGCAAGAUCUCGACCGACUCGGGCUACGAUAGGCGCAUCUCGAUCGGAUCCGAGUGCUCUGGACCGCGGUCGCGCGCCGGCAGCAUCCUCUGCAGUCAUGCCGGCACCACCGUCCUGCCGACGCCCGGCAACGAAGCCGUCGUACGUACGCCGAUUGGACCGGACGGCAGCAAGGGCUUCGGGACGCGCACACGCCGCAUCGGCCAGAUUGUGCCGCCGGCUUAAGGUGUGAUUGAUCCACCCCGUUCAGUUUUGUGCAGUAUUCUGACUCAUCCCUUCCCCUCAACCCCGUCGCCACACAGUCUUUCGCAUUGGAUCAUCGUGUUGUUGGCUCUACCUGUUUGAGUAGAGCAAGAACGCGUGUGAUCGUCACUAGUUAGGUGUUAGGUUCAGGUGUAACAUUUCGACAACUUUUGCAUCCCUCCGUGUAUCCAGAACGAAACGCUUCCCCUCCCAUAUCUGCAUGGGGCGACUCGACCCGAUCACUUUCACUUACGGCCAGCUGUGUGUACGGUGGCCUAGAUUAGCGUCGCAAAGGGCGGUUGUGUUUUUUUUUUGUAUUCUCGCGUACACACUCGCAUCCGAUUUGUCUCUCGUUCGCUCUCAUCCCGUAGCACACAGUCCGAUGGUAGCAAGUUCAGCGCCACGACGCAAAACGUUCCUGUAGUGGUGCUAUUAUUGCGCAAGCUGCUCGAAAGCGGCCAGGCAAAAGAGCCAACGGGGUCGAACGAGCGGCUGCGAGCGUUGAGCGCAAUGCGUACAAACAGUCAGACGACUCGCACGAGUGUUGUAUCGGCCGACCAACCGACCUGCUAGAAACGUGCGCAGACAAGCUGACUACCGAACCUGAUCUUUUUCGCUUGUGUUUGUACAGCGGUUGCUAGGUAAGGGAAUGGGAUUCCUCUCACGCACACCCCAUGAUGCGGAGGGUAAGAUCGCAGUGUGACCGCACGGCGAUAGCGCCUUGGUGUUGGUGUGCCGAACAGCGUGUAACAUCGCACAUACACAAUUGGCUCACUUUACGCGAUUGCGUUUCGCCGACCCGCUCACCUGACAGUGAUUUGAAAGCGACAGAGAGCGCGCGAGAGCAAGAUGGAAGGUGGUAUUAGAGAAUAGAAAGAUUUCAUUGAACUUAUUUUAAGGAUCGCGUGCCUCUAAGGGCCCGGCUUGAGCCGAGAACACGCUUUGAGCUCGCAGCCUAUUCGAGCUAUGCGUCAUCCGGCACCUUCACUUUUACGAGCAACCCCAUCUAACGAUCUUUGGCCACCGACGCACGGAUCUUGCCAGAAUACAGGGUCUUGUGAACCAGCGGCAAGCAGCUGUGUGUGUAUAUCCCAACGGGUUAUUUAUUUAUUUUUCGCACCAACAAAACGAUCGCCACGAAAUUCGAUCGUUUACGCGACCUUGUCUUCUCGCGCCACUGUGGGAGGGCGGGCGUGAAUUUUGCGUUUCGGGAAAGAUGCUUGUCGAAAGGUUUAUUUUUUUAUUUAUUCACCGUAAUUGUUGCGAUCGCGUGUGUAAAGGUUGUCCCUAUUUUGAUGGCAAACCCUUUCUCAGAGUUUGUCUCUCGAUCACGCUUCACAUCUACUAUUACUAUGGUUAGCAAUUAUUAAGUUAUAUUUUGUCAUCUGUUUUUCUUUAUAAGAUAUACAAUAGGUUAAGAUUUUCCGUUUUAGUUCGGGCUGCGCGCUCAUCGUGCCGCUCGAAAGCGUACGAUCACAUGUGAAUUAUAAUCCGUCGGAGAUUAGAGGUGUAUUACGCUAAGAAUAGAAUAAACCCGAGGGUCAAUCGCCCCAGGUGGCCUCACAGGUACGUUAUAUAGUAGGUACGUAUGUUAGCAGUUAGCAGUUUUGCCUCGUUUCGCAUAGAAGAGCAAAAGCAAAGGAAUGAGCGAACACACGGACGACCAGUUGAACUGAACGGACCGAACGAAUGACCGAAUGUACGCGUGACGAGCGAACUGCACCGCGAAGCCCGCUCCCCGAGUACGGCGAGGGUAAAUGACUGGAUCCUCUGCGCGCGCUUGGCGGUUGGAUAGGUCAAGUUCUGCUCGAGUGACGCUCUCUGCACACAACGUGGUCGAAGUUUCAUUUGAUGAAGGUAGCAUAGUAACAAAAUAUUUUAUAAUCUGCUUUGUAAAGCAUCCCGCGUGUGUGGUUUCUUCGGUAGUGCAUGGACCUUGACCUACUUGAGAGAGUUUUCGGGCGGAUCGGAACAGGUUCCGAUCGGUUGGUUGCUGUAAUCGGGUAACUGCUUUUUUGGGUAUUUUUGUUCGAUCAAGCCUCUAUCACACACACUUGUAUGCAUGUUUGUCAUUGUGAAACGAAUCAGCUUUCUCACGAUUCUUUCAAACUAUCACUUUAAUUCAAGAGACAACAUGCUGCGAGACUCCAUCGCAGCGAAUCGUGUGGAACGAUACACUUGCCGGGGUGAAAUGACACACACACAAUUGUGUGUCAAAUUAAGUGUGUAAUGAUGCUCGAACCGUAGUCUGAACUGGAAAUAAUGGUGUAUUAACCAAAAUGAAAGCAUGACCCAUGAUGUGCCACGUGUUCGCUGUGGAUUCAGUGCGAUCGCUGAACCACCGAAGCAAAAACGGCUCCUAAAUGGAUUCGAUUUUCUCCCUUGCCGGACCAUGUGUGUGCGUUUGAUGAAUUGCACAUGCUGUUGCUGCUUGCCUCCCUUCCACACUCUCCAGACCCUCCCUAGUGGUGCGGUAACGGGUUGAUACAAAUAUGUUUUCUUUCCGUUUACCUUCCCCUAUCCUUUUUGGCCAAUGACUUCAAUUUUUGUGCAGUCUCCCGCUCUCUCUCUCUUUCUCUCUCGGAGUAGACUUAAUUUCCGGUCCACCGUCGCUGCCGUGACCGUUUCGUGGGGCACAUUAGCCCCAUCCCUUUUCCUCCCCCCUCCCUUUCGGAAGGCUUUCGAAGAUCAUGGCACGAUCUUGCCACGAUCCACCAAAGACAACGGUUCGUUAGGCUUUGAUUUUCAUUGCUCCGUAUUCGAUGGUGUGGAAAAUGUACAACCCCCCCCCCCCACUGCCCCUCUCUACCACUUGCAGCGAGCAAUGCAGCAGCAAAGUCCGGCAUCGCGUGGUAGGAAGAGAAAUUAUGGACCCCCCCCCCCCGCGAAUGGUUUCGGCCAACGGUUUUGACUACCACUACCAGCGUGAAUGUUAGUAGCGGUGCCGCGGCCUGCAAGAAGGGGAAAAAACAAAGAUUAACGACCGCAUUUCACUUGCUGCCCGCAAUUUCGACGAUGUUUUGGGUCUGGGCGGAAUGGGGGAUUAGGGAAAAACCCCGGCGACGACAACGGCGAAGAAAAUUCCUCGAUAUUUGACGCCUCUUUGGGAAGGGCUCCGAUUCAGUCGAACAAUGAAGCACCACGCUGUUUGAUGUUCCGCUGGUUUGGUUUUGCAGUGCAGUGGUGCUGACAGUGGCCCAGCCUUUCGUCGACUUUUCACAAUUAUGUCUAGCUGUACACUGGGUCUGUGACAUGGCUCGCCGUGCAAGAGAGGGAAAGAGGGCCCUCAUGUUGAAGAAUGAUUACCCCGAAAGCAAUCGACAUGUGGGGUGAGGUUUGGCUUGGCGUUGAUAUGCCUAUCAAACGCGAUAGCUCAUUAGGGGCUGCCUUGGUAUACCAUAUCUACCGUGGAAGUGGCACGAAAAACUGCUUACAAUAAUUACCUACCACUAGCGCUGCCGCCAGACACGUGCAUGGCCGCAACAUCGGUCUACUAUUUUCCGUGGUGUGGAAUGCAAUCCAUAUGGCGGGUGUUGCAUGUCCAUGUGGCGCUCUCUUGCUGCUACUUCCACCUAACGGCAUAUUACAAAACAAGGAUGUGUGCAGCUCCGACACAAUGCCUGCCUUCCGGCUGAGGAAGUGAGCGAGCGAUCCUCGCUAUCAUACCCCACGAAUCGGCGAGCGGGACUUCGCAUGUGUUCGGCGUGUUAUCACGCCACGCGCUCAAGAUCACGGCAGCGAAGCACGGUCCGAGUGACACGGAACUUUGUCACGGCAUCCUUUCGUAUCCGUUCGGUAGGGUCACGGUUCGCAAAAAUAAAUGAAAAACAAACAAUUGGAAAGGAAUCACAAUUUCGUGCUGUUGCAGUGUAAAGGCAUUAACGUUUAAAAGUGGCUGCUAUGACAGUUAGUUUAGUAUUGGUCUCGUAAUGAGUAUGGUAGUAGUUAAUUAUGUUUUUUUUUUUUUUUUUUUUUUUGUUUCGUGUUAAUGACGUUUUCCCCCUACUGUCUAUCUCACACACACACAAACAAACACACUAUUAAUUGAGAAAAAGGAAAGUUAGUUUCUGUUUAAGCUCGAAUAGGCGCAUUAACGUGCCGCGCAACCCUAGGACAUAGCGAAAUACAAACACAAACACACAAUACAGGCGCUGGGAAUAAAUGCAACGUAAACUCUGGCUUCCUUUUGGGAAAACGAUCUCAGCUCGAUCUAAUGUUCGAGCUUGUGACAAUCACCCAAGGAGCAGGAGAAUAUUAAUAGGAUCAAUCGAUUUUCACUAGCUAAAACAGGAUAUUUCAGCCAACAAUGUAGGAAAACGGACCUAACUUAUAAGUACUACUGUAAUAAUUAUAUUAAUUAUGGAGACAUAACCCCCCUGUGUGUCCCUUUCCUUUCCCUUUACCAGUCCUUCUCUGUUCCACAAUCCUUAAAAUCUGUUAUUAUUAUUGUAAUCAGCAUCAUUGUUUUUUUGUCGUUAAAAUAUCCCCCGUUUAUAAUAACGUUAAGCAACAACAGACAGGCAGCAAAAAAAAAAUAUAUAUAUACAGAAGCGAACUUUUGCAAAGUGUGCAAGCAAUGCGAAACUAGUGACAUCCCGCGCUGGCCACGCAUGGCAAGCGCCAAGGAACGGUCUUUGCCGUUCUGCAGAGUGGUGCCGCGCUUGAGCUAGACAUAUUGAUACGAAACGAGCAAACAGACACGCGUGUUAGUAUUUGUCUACUUUUAAGAACGGUUUUAAAUCGAAACAAAAACGUCAAAACGUUGGAGCGCUUACGACCCGAUUUAGAUGUGUAACAAAAUGCAUGGUGUACUGGACAAACAAAGCCUGAACAGAAAUACAGGAAAGAAAGCAUA